GUCCAUCUCUUCCCCACACCGCAAGCGGCCCUGAGAUCCACACCUGUCAAAGGCCAGGGUUCCCAGUUCCCCAGCUCAAACCGCCCGACAGCCGUCCACCCGCCCACCAUCCCUCCCCGAAAGCCGGAGCUCCCAAGUCUUUGACCCUGCAUCGCGAAGACCUGACAGCGAGGAACAAAUCCCGCGAAAUCCCUUCCUGUUGAGCUCCGACUCCGCAGUUUUCCCAUAUCGCCGCUCAUGGCGAGCUGCCGGGAUAGGUACAGCUGUACCUUCCCAGUUGAAACCCCCAACAGCAUUGCGUGACACGGUGACACAGUGACAUAGUGACACGCAGUCCCAGUUUAACCAUAAUCGAGUCAGCGUGCGAGUCCAGACGAUGUUCCGGGUAAAAGCGGUCCUCUCACUAUCCUAGUCCCCAUUGUUUCACCCGCCCGUUUUUCAAAGGUCCUAGUAUCAGUCUAUCUCUAUUUACUCUUUUCCCCGUCGUCUCAAGCCUACCCGCGACCUUUUGUACCUAUCGUGAAGUUGAAGAGAGAGUGGUGCUGCCACCGGGGACCUCGACCCUCGUUCGACCCGCGUCCCUCCUUCCCUAAGGAAUCGCAGCACCGAGAAGUAUUUGGGCUCCGACAACCGGCACCAGACCCGGCAUUGGUUCUUACCAGGUUCGCUGGCCGCUUCAAGCCGUGAAAUAAUUAUAACCGCGAACCAAGCACCACUACCCCUCGGUCAAACUUGUUGUCAGACAACACUUCGUAGAGCUUCUGCACAAAAGAAGAUAGCCCAACACUACUCGCUUGCACAAUGUCGACAACAGCUGGCGCCUUCAUAGCAGGCGGAAUCGCCGCCUGCGGAGCCGUAACGGCCACCCACCCCUUCGAAACAGUCAAGAUCCGCAUGCAGCUCCAGGGCGAGCUCCAGACCAAAGGCCACCAACCUCACCACUACCGCGGCCCCCUCCACGGCGUCUCUGUCAUUGUCCGAAACGAAGGCAUCCGGGGCAUCUACCGCGGCAUCGGGUGCGCCUACAUCUACCAGGUCCUCCUCAACGGCUGCCGGCUAGGCUUCUACGAGCCCAUGCGCGCCGGGCUGGCGAAGCUGAUGCUCAACGACGCGGCCAAGCAGAACCUGGGCAUCAACAUGUUUUGCGGCGCGGCGUCUGGCAUCAUGGGCGCCGCGGCAGGGAGCCCGUUCUUUCUGGUCAAGACGAGGCUGCAGAGCUUCUCGCCUUUUUUGCCGGUGGGGACGCAGCAUCGGUACAGGAAUGCGCUGGAUGGGUUGAGCCAGAUUUUCAGGGCGGAGGGGGUGAGGGGGUUGUAUAGGGGUGUUGGGGCGGCGAUGAUCAGGACGGGGUUUGGGAGCUCAGUGCAGCUGCCUACGUACUUUUUCGCAAAGAGGAGGUUGCAGAAGCACCUUGGGAUGGAGGAGGGGGCGCCGCUGCAUCUGGCGAGCAGUACGGCUAGUGGGUUUGUGGUUUGUGUUGUUAUGCAUCCUCCUGACACAAUCAUGUCCCGCCUCUACAACCAGAAUGGCAACCUCUACAAGGGCGUCUUUGACUGCCUGGCCAAGACGAUCAAGACGGAGGGCUUCUUCGCCAUCUACAAGGGCGUGUUCCCACAUCUGGCCAGGAUCCUGCCGCACACCAUCCUGACGCUCAGCUUGGCCGAGCAGACCAACAAGUUGAUGAAGAAGCUCGAGGAGAGGAUCCUCUCGCCACCAGAAACACAAUCGAUUUAGACGGCAUGAUUUUAGCGCUUACAUCCUGUUUCUGCUUUCUUUUUUCUCUUUUUCUUUCCCGCAUUAGAUACGGCGUUUAUAUCUUUUCGGCUUUGUUUUUUGGGUGGGCGAGCUUUCCUUCAAUGGGUUGGUUGUUUGUGGAUGGACGGUGGUGGUGACUUUUUUGAAAAAUGAAGACAUUUUUACACUCGACGCCCCUCAUGGAUCAAUCCCCCCGUCGUCUUUGAGAUUUCUGGAAUCUUGGCUGGGCUGGAGGAUAUUUGCUGUGUUGAUCCUGUCUGCCCUUUGGGCGUCAGGGAUAGAGCGGAGAGCGGGGUUUUGUGUUGAUACACUUGUCAAAGUUUGGUGGGGGUAAUCAUGGCGUGUUGUUGUUGUUGUUGUUGAUGAUACCAUUGUGUGUGGAUAUGGACUGGGGG